AUGGACUCGAGCCAACCGGAUAGCUCCAAGUCACUCUACAGCGCGGCCAGAAACGACGACGAAACACCCAGUGUCAUGUCAAUACCAAACUCUGAUUUGUCAACUCCCUCUGCUGUCGCUCCACCUAAUGCCUCUCACGUCAUGCAGCUUCAAUCAUCGGCUUUGACGCAAGAGAGCAUGUAUGAUCUUUCAGCGUCCUCACAUCAGAUUGGACAACCGGCAUUGCUGCUGCCCACCUCGUCGUCACCGUUGACUACCCCAUUACCUAUUGCUACGACAUCACAUACACAUUUUUCACGCCUCGAAGGAGACACCAUGAUUGCUUCACGAGCUGCUCUUCAGUCACACAAUCUUUAUUUUGCCCCACAAAAUAGGAGCGAGCAAAUCGUCGACGCCUUGUCGACGUACAGCAACAGCCCAGCCUUUCCCCCAGGAGAUCGAACCUUCAACGCAGAUUCUCAGAUCUGGAAAACACCAUCCACAGCUUCCAGUGCGAGCAGCAGCCUCGGUCUCUUCCUAUCGACAGAUCAUGGGAAUUUGGCACGACAUGUCUCGCAACGUUCUUAUGCAACUACCCAAAUGCAACAAAUGCCGAUUCAGGAGGCAAUGUCACAACCUCGAUCGCUUAAUAACAUUCCCAGCCUUCCUAGACAGUUGUCGAAUUUCAUGCAGAGUACCUGGCCAAGCAGCAUAUCAGAAUGGCAGGUCCCGCAUGUAGCUUCACCACCAUCACCUGUUGUGCUAUCAGCUGGACCUCGUCCGCAGCAGCAGAUGCUCACGUACAAACAGCCUAUGAUCGGUGCGCACACCUCUGGGCUAACUACUCUACUCGGUCUUCAUCCUAAUCCACUGUCAUCCGGACAAUUCAAUACUGCGGCAUCGUCCGUUUCAAGCAACUUCAGCCAGCAACCUGAUAUAUUGCACCCACCUUCUCUACCAGGCAGCUUUGACUCAACACAGCCCAGAAUCUUACCUCGAGACUUGACAGACAUCAUAAUGAUUGUCGACCAAGAUGAUUCAAUUGUCUGCACGAGCAAUUCGAUGCAAGCAUGCGCCGGCAUGCUGUCUGAUGCAAUCAACGGGACUUCAGAUCUGGGCGGCCGAGUGGGGUGGGAUCUUAAUACUAGCAAUCAUCUACAGACUAGAGCUUCAGACCUGUUCGCCAACGAGCAAGCCAUCAACUUCUGGCAGCAGGCGUGUCUUGAGAUCAGAUCGAAGCGGCAUCAACAACAUUUGCUUUCGCAACAGCAACAACUUGGUAGACCAAUGGACAUCAAGCGCUUUGUUCACUGCAGGAAGGAGCUUGUGCUUAGGCAGCGAAGUCAACAAAACGACGAUGACUUCAUCGAGUUGAUCGUAAUUGCAGCGCAGGAGCCUCAAGACACGCAGAAUGACUUCCUCAUGGUUCAGGUUAGGCCGUUUUCGAUCCCUACGGUAGCCUCAGUCUCCUCGCAUUCCCCGCUGGGCAGUAUUGAUGCACACUUGCGUGCUAUUCCAUCGUCAUCGACGCUGAGCGACACAAGUCGAAACACAGCUGCCGAAAAUGCUGAGCUGCGAUUGCUUGUUUCUCGGUACGGACUUAUCUUACGAACUACGUACCCCGCGAAAGCAUCAACUUCGCUCAGCUGCAGGGACGCGUCCGCGCGCAACGAGGAAGAGCGAACUCUACAUGCGCUCUUAGGAGAAGGAGCGACCUCGCCCGCCUUCGGGAAGAGCUUGGUCGAUGUGCCCAAACUUGCUCCGCUCCUGCAUGUCGUUGCCCAAGCUGCAGUUGUUGGCCUCGCCCAAACCGUCAAGCUUAACGUCUCUAGCAGACAAAUUACUGCCACUGUACAACCGGUACUGAGAGGUCAUCCACAAGAAUUUAGAAACAUGAAUCUACCAGCUGCAAAAGUGUGGAUCAGCCUGUCUGCACCUAGCAGGCACAAAAGACGCUCAAGCUCAGCAUUGACAACCGGUCUGUACAGUAGAGGGGCAGGCUCCUCUAGCCUGGCAGGUCUAACGCAAUCGACAGCGCAGCGACAGUCCGUUGCCCAAUAUCGACGCCACAGUGGGCAGACUUCCACGCAGGAUGGUCUUUUCCAGGUACCCGGCUGGCAUCCAAGUCAGAAAUCGAAGGCCAAUGCACAUACUCCCUUCCCAUGGCUCCACGCGCAAGUCGUGCCAAGCCAUGCGGCAUCGACUAGCAGUCUGCAAAUAAACACAGGUCGUUUGUCUCACGACUCGCCUCAUCAUAGCCAGACGAGUGAGUCAGAUGGGCUGACACCAGUCAAGGAUAGCCUUGGCCUGCUCAUGGCCGAACUCGAGGAAGAGAAUCGCGGUCUGAGACGUCAAAUCGAAGCACAUCGACGCAAGCGGCAUCUCGAUAAAGGCUGA